CUAACCUAAACGAAGUACAACUGUCAAAUUAUCAAAGUGCAAAAAUAAAGCAAAUGAAAAUAUAAAAUAAUAACAAAAAGGAAUCUUUAGAGAGCGAUUAGGCGAUUACCAUAACCUACAAAAGUCAAAAAUGUACGAAGAAACAAAUUCAACCACAACAAUUAAAAUUGAACCGAUCGAAUAUUCUCAAGUUAAACAAGAUUUAGAUGAUUAUGAAAACACCACAGGUAUUUGUAUAGAGAAUAAUGAAACUGGUCUACAGCAAUUUCUAAAAUCAGAGGUUACUGUUGAUGAGGAUAUAAAGCAAGAAAGGAUCGAUGAGCAAGAUUUUCAAGUGAAACAAGAAUUUUAUGAUUAUGAAUGCACUUCACAUAUGAGUAUGGAGAAUGAUGAAAUAUGCCUACAGCAAUUUCUAAAAUCUGAGGUUACGAUUGAUGAGGAAAUGAAGCAAGAAAAUAUCGAUGGCAUAUUUUCUAAAGAAAUUAGUAAUUCAACUAACACGAAUAAAUCAUUUGAAAGUGUUUCUGAAAAAUGUAGAAUAAACAAUAAUCUAAAACCAUAUAAUUGUGAAUUUUGCCAUAAAACAUUCAAUACAAAGAAGAACUUGAACCAACAUAAAUUUCUUCACACUGGACAAAGACCUUUUGAAUGUGAAAUAUGUAAUAAAUCAUUCAAAAGGAAGGAUAAUUUAAAGGAUCAUAAAAUGAUUCACACCGGUGAGCGUCCUUUUGGUUGUGAAAUAUGCAAUAAAACAUUCACAACAAAGGCAACUUUUUAUGGACAUAAAAUGAUUCACACCAGAGAAAAACCUCAUGAAUGUGAAAUAUGUCACAAAACAUUCAAAUUAAAGCAACAUUUGAAAAUACAUAAAAUGAUUCACAGUGGAGAAAAACCUUAUGAAUGUGAAAUAUGUCAUAAAACAUUCCAAAGAAAGCAUAAUUCAAAUGAACAUAAAAAGAUUCACACUGGACAACGUCCUUAUGAAUGUGAAAUAUGCAAUAAAACAUUUGUAAGAAAAAUGUCAUUAGUACGACAUGGAACAACUCAUACUGAAGAACGUCCUCAUAGUUGUAAAAUUUGCAAUAAAGCAUUUUCAACAAAUAGUAUAUUAUUUCGACAUGUAAAAGGAGUACAUGCUGGAAUACGCCCUGUAAAAAAACGUUCAACAAACUCUUGA